AUGUCCUCUACCGACCGGCCUAUCAUACGCCGUGAUUUCACAGAAAAACUCAUGCUACAAGCUAUCCCUCCAUAUCGCCUUUGGCACAGGACUUAUCGGGACAGCAUGUGCUCAUCACUGGCACUGCCUGGGAGGACGGCGUGGGCUCUGCAACCGCCAUUGCCCUUUGCCCGCACCGGAGCGUCCGCAAUCGCUGUCGUUGACCUCCAUGGCGUCUCUGGGGGUAUUGUGUCUCGAGUCAAGGCCGCAGCUAUCAAGGUAGGACGACCCGAACCUCAGGUAGUCAACGGCCGCGUUGCAGCGUUCAAGGACACAGUUUUGGAUGCGUUCGGACAUCGGUUGGAUGUCCUUGUCAAUAAUGAGGUCAAUGUUCAUGGACUGUUCAACAUGACGCGGGCGUUCCUACCUAUGCUGCUUGACACGCGCGCAAAACUUGACGGCCAAGGCAUUGUGAUCAACGUAGCUUCUUCCGGUGCUCUUAGCGUGCGAAAAGGCGGCGCAAGCUAUAGAACCUCCAAGCUUGCGGUACUUCGCUGGACAGAAGCCCUGAACCUAGAACAUUGCGACGACGGCUUACUUGCUUUCUGCGUGAAUCCUGGGGCAAUCAAGACCCAUUUGACAAUCAACGAGCCUGAGGAAGUGCGUAACAGAUUACCACACAAGCCAGAAAUUGCGGGCGACACUAUCGCCUGGCUCGCUUCAGGGCGAAUAGAAUGGAUGGGCGAAAGGUAUAUUAGCUGUCCCUGGGAUAUGGAAGAGCUCUUGGGCAGGAAGGAUGAAAUAGUGGAAGGGAACAAGCUGAAGCUCAGCAUGGAUUUCUGA